AUGGAAUUUGUCAACCAGGUUUGGGCAAUCGCAUCUGUUCGGUUCCUGGGUUUAAAGACGGCAUUCCUGAAUUCCCUGGUCACUGACGUUACCAGAGUCAAGAUCACACAAACUCUCGGUCCGUGGACUAUCUGUGCAGAACAGAAGGAGGCUGUACUGAAGUCCGCACUCUUAAAACUUGUUGCGCGCACAUCAUCUCGUGUGUUUCUUGGCGACGUGGGCUGCCGCAACCCGGCCUGGCUCAACAUUACCAAGGAAUUCACCGUGAACAGCUUAAUCCGUUUACGUGUCAUAAAUCCACCCCCUUGCUGA